CCCCCACUGACUGGCAUUGCUGCGGGACCAACAAAUGUGCGUCACAGACUCGCCGGAGAGAUCGGGGAUGAACUGCUUUUUGUACGUUGCGAAACGAAGCAGAGCAUUGCAGAGGAGCCUUCAAUUCCCGUUAAGUGACGUCAAGGACUGGACCUCAAGCCUCUCGAGCCCGGGGCCGUGGCUAUCCGAGCCCUGUCUCACGUGAUCUCAAGGAGGAGGACAAAUGGCACACGGAUUCCAAGUACAACGCGGUGUGCGGAGGACUGAGCACAAAUGAACUUCGGGAGGUGCCCUUCUGCCCCCCUCCCCUGAGCCCUUGCCCCGAUGUGAGGCGCACCUCGGCCCACAUUAACCCCUUCUGGGCUGCGCUGGAUCCGAGGGACAGGGCUGUCAAAGCCGCCGACUCGAGCAGGUCUUCCAGCUACUUUCAGCAUCACCACAUUUUUCCUUGGAUGAAGGAGACGCGGAGGAACUCGAAACAGACAGUUGGUACCGGCUUCACGGUGUCGGGUGAAUCCAUCAACAGUGACCAUGAAACUUGCCCCUCAGGAAUUAGCAGUGGUUCCAUGGGGUCAAAGAGGGCACGAACUGCCUUUACUGAUUCCCAACUGGUGGAGCUAGAGAAGGAGUUCCACUUCACACGCUAUGUUUGCCGCCCACGGCGGCUUGAGAUUGCUUCGCUACUGAGACUUUCUGAUCGGCAGGUGAAAAUCUGGUUCCAGAACCGCCGCAUGAAGUUCAAGAAGGAUUCCCGGUGGAGGCCACUUGCCGACCCACAUCCAGAGGCGCUAUUUGUAGGCCCAAGUAACACAAAGAGUGUCCAAAACCUCACUUCUCAUGAAUUUUAUGAAUGUUCUGAAAACAUUUAUAGAGCAGCAUCCUGGCACACUUUUUCUACCUCUUUCCAGCAGCAGAAAGGUGUGGUGCCUUCCUCAGAAACACAUGACCAUAGCCAGUCUAAUGCUCACACCAAUUAUGGCAGCAUCAGUAACAAUGAAUGCUGCUGCACCAUCAACAGGGAUCCAUGCUUAACUGCGAGCAUUCAUCACUCUGUUUUAGACACUCCUGAUUCCUAUUUGACCUUAGUAGAAUACGGCGAGCCCAGCUCUGGUGACCCACAGAUGCUCUUGCAAAAUCAGUUUAACCCACAUAGUGACAUUCAGAGUCCUCAUCCAUUCGUCUAUUUGUAAAAACAUGAACAGCAACUACCUUAAACUAUACAUUUCACAACUAUAAUCAAAACUAAAGACUAAAAAUGAUUUAUAUUCUUCUUAUUAUGAAGC